UUUUUUUAUAAUUUAUUUAUAAUAGUUACACUGCCGAUAUCUCUAUUUCAUUUUCAGAAGAAAGUGAUUUAUUCUACCUAAUAAAUUGAAAUAAUGCAUGAAAAGGAAGGAAAGUUUUGUUGUUUUGUCCUUUCGACUGACCACAAAAUUAUAUAUACUCUUAGCGGACUGUCAACCUUUGCUCAAGUCACAGACCAAUAACUGUGAUGUGAAUUUACAUAGACUAAAUUAUAUUAAUUUAGCACCAAAUCGCAGACCAGGAAUCCGGAGACCACCAAACAAGAAAACCUAGACUAGUAUAAUAUAAUAGUUAUCUGUGAGUAGAACAAGUAGAAAGUAGAAGACACAAACUGUGAUCAAUUUUAGAAAAUGUCUCUUUAAACUGGUGCCUGCCGCCUGGUGGCCAACGGCUUUUAACAAAUAAAUAAUACUCGCGGCAUUCGUGCGUUCAAGGAAACUAAACAAUAUUUAGGUUUGUUGCAAAUGAAAGUAUUAUUUGGCUAAGUCAGUCAUGGAAGUAUCCAGAUUAGAGACAGAGCUGCUACCACAUAAAAUGGCUCAUUUGGAUAUCAUGGAAACGGGAGAAUCUAGCACACAAAAUGUCGCACCUGAGUCAAGUGCGCGUUUGUUAAGAAAAAGAAAGUCACUGGCCCCUGAGCCCAGUAAAUCCACAAAUCGUAGAGUCAGUAUGAAACCCAGGAAACACAACUUAUCUGAAACUGCUAACCCCAAACAAAUUGAGGCACUAUAUCGCAAUAAAAAAGUCAAAACACUAACGCGAACUUUAGAGACUAUAUAUGAAGAACCUAAGUUCAGUAGUUCCGACUCUGAUCCAUUUAUUGGGAAUCGAAAAAUAAAAAGACUGUUGACAUUCCAAGUAGGCAGCCAUUAUACCAAAGAAAAGAUAAAGAAACGUCGGGCAAAAAUCAAGAAACUUCUGGGUAACAAAUCAUUCCUUAACAGAAAGAAAAUACCAAUGAAUGUUUUUUUGAAAACUAUUGAAUCUUUAGAAUUAGAUGAAGUAGUGCACUCUCAGAGUAAAAUUGAGGAAAAUGACAUUGAUACAUAGUGAUGCUUAUUGCUUACCUAUGUUAUUAGGUUAAGUAUCAUUAUUAUAUUAUUUUAAUGUAACUCUUAUUCUAUCUCGUGCAUCUUUGAGCGUAAGGAGAAAUUACAACUUCUCUUCAAAAGCAUCAUUAAUAUUCUAAUGUUUGGCCUUUUGAGCAAACGUCAUAUGACAUUGGCCAUCUAGCACAUUUAAGAUGCUCUUAAGUAAUAAAAUAUUGUUAUGUUCCAGUAUUUGUUAAUGGGUUGGUUUGUGUUAGUAGUUUUAUCUUUAUGGCCAAAAUAGACAAAUCCAAUAGAAUUAAAAUGUCUCUGAAAUGGAAACACAUUUUAUUAGCUUACAAGUACUUUAUUUCAUACUCAACAAGAGCCAAAGUUGGCAGAGAACAAGAUAGGGCAAAUUGAAUUUGCUGGCAAGAUGAGGGCACAAGAACGACAAGCACUUCAGUUGUUCUUUACUUCAUUUUGCCAGUUUUGGUGUUUUAUUCCAUUUUAAAAAUAACUUUUUAAAUAAAUCCAGUGAAUAUUGCUAUAUAGUGUUACAUAUUAUGAAUAAACAUGUACAUUUGAAUCCUAACAUCUGUCAAUAGUUUCCAUAAAAAUAUAUUAUUUCUAUGCAAGUUACAUUUCUGAUGGUUUUACACUUUGUCUAUUAAUAAUUUUUAAUAAUUUUAUUUUAUUUGCAUACUGAACUUCACUGUAUUAAUUUUUUAUAUAAUAUUAAAUACCUAAGUAUACAUCUAUUUAAUUCCAGCAAGUUUCUUCCAAACUUAAUAUGCUUCAUGCUACAAUUCAGUUAUACAAUGUAUAUUAGCAAUGAAUAGGACAGACAUUUUGUAUAAACAACUUUGAUAAAAAAUUUAAUAAACUCUUAUAUUUA